AUGUGUACUGUGCUUCGGAAGCCCUGGAUCCACCCAGUCGAGCGAUUUGCUGGUUCCUGCAGUCGAAGUCGUCCUGGCCCUGCGGUCGAGGCUGGUGAAAGGGUUUUCCAGCCUGUGUUGACAGGCAAGUAUCUUAUUAUUCACGACGCUCCUUCUCUUGAUGCUUCGUCGAAUUGCAGCGGAAUACUACAGGUCAUUGGCGGAAUCUCUAUUCCCAACGUCGCUGAUGCCAACGGUUCAACUGUCCUCCUGUAUUACCAAAACCUUGGCGGAAUUAACACCUCGUUAGCGAAAUACGCGACUGCUUGCAGCGACGGCUGCUACGACAUCUACGCGUUUACUGAAACAUGGCUCAAUGACAACACUAUUUCAAGCCAGAUCUUCGAUAGUAAUUACGCAGUUUUCCGACAAGAUCGAUCACCCUCCAACAGCAACAAAAGGUCUGGUGGCGGAGUGUUGUUGGCUAUUCGUUCUCGCUAUAAGUCACUGUUACUAUCCCCUCCCGUAAGCCUGACGGUUGAGCAAUUGUGGGUGUCGAUCGAAGCGGGCGACUCAACGCUUUUCAUCUGUGUGGUGUAUAUUCCUCCGGAUCGUGUAAAGGACAAUAUUCUUAUCGAAAAGCACUUGUCGUCGCUCGACUGGAUUAUCUCUCUUAUGGGCGCGAAGAACAGUUUGACAAUCCUUGGAGAUUUCAACUUGCGUGAUGUGAGAUGGGAGCAGAACACUCAUGAUUUUUAUUUCCCUACAUCUGACUCAUCGACUGGACUCGCAUCCCGUAAUCUGUUGGAUGCUUAUCGCACUUCAAGACUCGGACAAAAGAGCGGAGUUAUGAAUUGUAACAACCGUAUGCUUGACCUCUGCUUUGUGAGUGAGGAAAUGUGUUCCAGUUGCUCCGUAAUACCAGCUCCUGCUCCGCUAGUAAAAAGUUGCAUACAUCAUCCCCCGUUGUUGAUCAGCAUUGAUAAUUGCGUACAAUGUGAUUACAAAGACACGACAGAGAGCAUAUACUACAACUUCGACAAAGCCAACUUCGACGAGAUGAACAAUUUCCUCUCAAACGUUAAUUGGGAUGAAGAAUUGGCCAAUCGCGACGUCAACGACGCAGCAUCAACGGUAUCGUGCAUCAUAAUCUAUGCCAUUGAUCAAUUUGUACCUAAGCGAACUAACCGUGUACCUCUUAAACCUGCAUGGUCGAACUCGAAGCUUAAGCGUUUGAAGAAACGGAAAAGGGCAGCUCUUCGGGAACAUGCCAAACUUCAUACCGAAUCCACGAAAACGCGUUAUUCCAAGGCUAAUUUGGACUACAGACGGUUGAACGAUCAACUACAUCAAGCGCACCUAAGACAGCUCCAACGUCGUCUGAAAUCCAACCCUAAGAGGUUCUGGCAAUACGUGAAUAGUCAAAGGAAGGAAACAGGCCUCCCCUCAACCAUGACUAACGGUGUAGUGAACGCUGCAACCAUUCCAGAUAUUGCAGAAUUAUUUCGUAAACAGUUUAGCAGCGUUUUCAGUAACGAACGAACAAACAGCCAGGACGUAGCAGCUGCAUCUCGCAACGUUCCUUUCUCAUCCUUCUCAAGUGGUCCGUUUACUAUUACGAGAGAAAUGGUUAUCUCAGCCGGGAGUCAACUGAAAAGUUCCAGGGGUUCCGGUCCUGAUGGUAUUCCGUCCUUGGUCCUGAAACGCUGCUUGAUUGCUCUAGCAACACCUCUAGCCAAUACUUUCAAUCUCUCCCUGAGGUCGGGUGACUUCCCAUCCUGCUGGAAGGAAUCUUACGUUUUUCCGAUUCACAAAAAGGGUUGCAAAAGGACUGUAUCGAACUAUCGUGGAAUAGCCGCUUUAAGUGCUACGUCGAAACUUCUCGAGCUAAUUAUUCUCGAAGAAUUGGUUCAAAACUUCGCUCACUGCAUUUCGAUGGACCAGCAUGGUUUCAUGUCCAAGCGCUCAACGACUACCAAUUUAGUACAGUUCACUUCCUACAUCAUCCGUGAAAUUGAGCAAGGCCAUCAAGUAGAUGCUAUAUAUACAGACCUCUCUGCAGCAUUCGAUAAAAUGAAUCACGACAUUGCUUUGGCUAAGUAUGACAGGUUAGGUGUUCAGAACGACCUGCUUGCUUGGCUUUCUUCUUAUUUGACUGGUUGA